AUGGAUCCGGGCCACGUGGGCGGGCCGGGACAGCACCAGGAUGUCCUCUGCUGCGGGUGCUUCCCCGCGGCGCUGCUGCCAAGAUGGAUGAUCGCCCUGCUGGCGUGGGACGGUAGCCCGCGCUACGAACCGCCGCGGGCUGUGCCCGAGGACGGGAUGCGGGCCAGGGAGGGAGGAGAGGAUGAGGGCAGACGGCUCCUAGGGCCGACCGGCCGCGGUAAGCCACCGCGGGGAGAGAGAGGCGGCAGGGUGCCGUCCGGCAAGUCUCGCCGCGGAAGCGGGCGGCAGAAGAAGGGUGAGGCGGGGAAGGGCUGGAAGGGGGAGGAUUCGGAGAAAGGAGGGGCGGUGGGGACGGAUGAGGAUGAGGAUGACAUCUGCCCCACGUGCUUGGAGAGCUACCAGCCGGAGAACCCGAAGAUCUUCGCGGCGUGCGGGCACCACUUCCACCUGGCGUGCAUCUACGCGUGGCUGGAGCGGUCGGGGACGUGCCCCGUGUGCCUGCAGCCCAUGAAGUUCGAGGAGCUGUCUUGA